AUGUCACACAACCCCACUAUUGUUCUUUCACCUCUAAACGAACAUAGCUCCCUGCCACAAUUUCCCCGAGUUCCAAAUAUGCUUUUCUUCAGUUUUUUCAAGACACUUGUCGACCAUGAAGUUACAAUUGAGCUCAAAAACGACCUUUUAAUCCGCGGAACUCUCAAGUCUGUGGAUCAGUUUUUGAAUAUCAAGCUAGACGAGAUCCACGUUGUCGACGAAGCUCGGUAUCCCCAUUUGUCAGCGGUGAAAAGUGUUUUCAUCAGAGGUAGUGUGGUGAGAUAUGUACACCUACCAGCAAACGCGGUGGAUACAGCGUUGUUGGAGGAUGCGACGAGACGAGCAACGCUGCAGCAGCAAGAACACGGUAACUUUAAGGCGGAAGAUGGUAAAUGGACUGUUGCAAAGGAACAUACGGCGGGAGUGCCACAAUGCCAAGAGGAAAAGAGCUGUGUUUUCUUGGAUAACCAUCUGUGUCUAAUGAACAUGACGAAAGAUCUUACGGGAUUUCCCAUAUCACUAUAG